UUGUAAAUGUCUCUGCUGGAAGGGAGACACUAUUUUGCCUCCUUAGUUCUCAUUAUCUUUGUCCCAUGAGAGUCUGAAUCAAAGUGGACUAAUGGUUAGAAGUAGACCUAUACUGCUUCUUGGGGUGAUCUGCACUGGACUUACUUUGGCUCACUGUAAUUGGGGAGGGUUGUCUAACAACUCCAAUUGCUUCUCUCGCUGAGUGGGCAGUUAUGUGAGCUGGUUGAGUUCUUGCUGUCAUCAUAUUCUGGCUAUUUCUUUUGGCUAAUGGCUUUGCAGCAGGACAAAUCUUGAGUGAGGUUCCGAUCUGUGCCGUUAUUGGUUUGAUUUUGGUUGGAUACUUUUUACUUCUAUUUUGGUUGGAUACUUUUAAAAGCCAAGAUGCUGAGCCAGAGCACGGUGAUGAUCUUCUCCGGGAUAUGUGGGGCUUUUGUGGUCCUUGCCAUGGGCUACUACGUCUAUUGGACCAUCGUACUGAGUGAAGGGCCGUGCAGAAGGGGCUUAUAAAGGCAAACCACCCCGUAGCAACAGACAUGGGUCUUUUAGCCCAGCUGAAGACCCACUUUGUACUGCAACUCCUCAUGGGCUUUGUGUUUGUGGUGAGUGGCCUGAUCAUCAACUUCAUCCAGCUCCUCACCUGUGUCCUGUGGCCCAUCAACAAGCAGCUCUACCGCAAGAUCAACACCCGGCUCUCCUACUCCCUCUGGAGCCAGUUGGUCAUGCUGCUAGAGUGGUGGUCAGGAACAGAAUGCACCCUCUUUGCAGACCAGGCCACGGCGGACAAGCUGGGCAAGGAGCACGCCAUCAUCAUCCUCAACCACAACUACGAGAUCGACUUCCUUUGCGGCUGGACCAUUUGUGAGAGAUACGGAGUCUUGGGGAGUUCCAAAGUGCUGGCCAAACACGAGUUGCUUAAGGUGCCUCUGAUUGGCUGGACCUGGUACUUCCUGGAGAUUGUGUUUUGUAAGAGAAAGUGGGAGGAGGACAGGGACACUGUGUUCAGAGGACUGAACAGACUCAAAGACUACCCUGAGUUUAUGUGGUUCCUGCUGUACUGUGAAGGCACCCGUUUCACUGAAAAGAAGCACCAGAUCAGUAUGGAGGUGGCGGAGAGUAAAGGCCUGCCCAAGCUCAAAUAUCACCUGCUGCCGAGGACCAAAGGCUUCACCACAACGCUGAAAUGCCUCAAAGGCACUGUUUCUGCCGUUUACGACGUCACUCUGAACUUCAGAGACCACCAAGUCCCCACUCUGCUGGGCAUUGUCAAUGGGCGAAAGUACAUGGCAGAUAUGAGUGUGAGACGGUUCCCCGUAGAGAACAUCCCAGAAGAUGAGAAAGAAUGUGCUGAUUGGCUUCAUAAGAUCUACCAGGAGAAGGAUGCUCUCCAAGACCUCUACCAUAAAGAGGGCACUUUCCCAGGCCCUUCUUUCACCCAGCCACGUCGUUGUUGGACGCUACUAAACUUCUUUUUUUGGGCAGCCCUGCUGCUCUCGCCCCUCAUCAACUUCGCUUGCGGGGUAGCGGUCAGCGGCUCCCCUCUCCUCAUCCUCGGCUUUAGCCUCUUCCUCAUUAUAGCCUCCAUAGCCAUCCGGCGCCUGAUUGGUGUCACUGAGGUUCAUAAGACCGGUUCCAGUUACGGUGACGAAGGAGCCAAGAAACAGAAUUAAACCUCUUCCUCCAUCCUGACAGCGGUUCGGUUUGUUCCUGGGAGACCCCCCCUCCCCCCAUUCUAUUCUGUUGUCCCGUGGGUGUCGGGUCAUCUUGCCAGGGAGGGGUGUCAGACCUGUUAGACAGCCAGCCAGAGCCAUGGAAACCGUAUUAGGGAGGGAGAAUUGAGAACAUCUGGAGACUAAGAACGACUAAGGAGGUACUUCUGAGACCAUCAUUCUUGCCCCCUUAUCAGCCUCCUCUUAUCCCGUCCACUCCUCGACACCUGAGACCGCCAGGGUCAACACUACUGAACACAACAGGAAAUGAUCCACCAAAGCCCUUUGACCACAGAAUCAAUCCUGUCGACCAAUUUCCUCUAUACAUUUCAAAUGUAGUUUUGUAGUUUUCAUUUGACAUGGUGUUGCUGCGGUUGUCACUGUUUGUAACAUACAGUCUUAAUUAGGGACCAGUGUCUUUGGACCAGCCUGGUGGUUGUUUUUUUUCUGCUUACCUCUAAAUAUUAAACAUUUUACUUUCACUUGAUUCAUGUGUCUCUUGUGGGGUCCCAACCCUUUGUGUUGUUCAGAUGCUUUAAGAAA